AUGGCGCGAUACAGUAAUGAGAAUAAUGAGGAUAAAAUAGACCCAGCAUGUGUUGCGUCUAACGUAAAGAGUUUUAUAAAACAGGAUAUUAUAAAAGAACUACUUCAUGGCUCAUUUCAAGAUAACAAAACCAAGUUAGGAAAUGAUGCUUUGACUCUUGUAGUAGAAGUAGCCAAAUGUCUGGUAACAGAGACAUGUUUGAGAGCUACAAAUGAAGCUCUACGUGAAGGUUCUGAUAAAGUUGACAUUGAACAUGUAGAGAAAUGUUUACCACAAUUGAUGCUGGACUUCCCC